UCUGAGUCAAGUCGAGUCGAUUCGAGUGCUGCUGGAAACCAGAUACCAGACGAGCGCUCUUUAUACUUCCUUCCCCCUCCCGCUAUUUCGAACCAAGCGGUCACGGCAGCGCGCGCCCUUCGCCGAAUAGACACCGCAACAGGUAUCAGAGAAGGCCCGCAGAUCAUGACGACUUCAACCGCUCACAUGUCGUUCACAGGUCCCGGUCCACACCGUAGCAUUUUA